AUGCCGCAUUGUUGGGGUUCAUUACUAGCGGCGAUGUCGUUGCGUAAGUCGCAUUAUCCGAUCGGUUACAGCCAUCUCGCCCCACGAAGAUACGCGCCGAAUGUUUGUUUGCACAAGAUAUUUAGCCACUUCCCCGGCGGAUUAGCCGCGGAGCAGAGGGGUGGCUCGAGUGCCAGCCCUAAUGAGCACACCGCGACGUUCGCCCGGGCCGUUUGUUUUUUCGGCGACCUUUCACCAGCUGCGGCGUCGACAACCCACUACCUCUUACACCGCACAAAAAAAGCGCACACGCACGCAACGAUCCCGUCGGAUUCGCCCCGGGCGCGGCCACCCACGCGGCCCGUAACUCUUCCCGAACGAGCUAACUUCAUUAUUGUGGCG